AAGUCGCUUGGCAAUCUAGCGCAGCCAGAUACCAUUACCAAAAUUGAUCUAGCGAAUCCAAUUACAACCUUGAGUCUUCGAUUAUACCCUCAAUUAUGGGAGGGUGUUCCGUUCUUUAAACUCAAAUUGAAACUCUGCGAACCAGAAUAUAUGGAUGCUCCUUCCAUGAAGGCAAACGCGACAAUAACUAAUUCAGAUUCUCGGAUCAUUAGAACUCCGAAGAGAAACGUCGAAAAUCCUAAAGUUUCUAUUAUUAGAAACAGAGAAGCUGAUAUUCGCCUUUCUAAGAAAUUGAAGCACCUCUUCCACACUCCUGCUGAUCCCCAUGCCAACAGUAAAAAUAAUAGAAAGUCUAUAGUCAAUGAAAAUACCAAUCAUUUAAUUGCUUCAAGAUUCAAUAGCCAAAAAAAUCACAACUCAAAGUACCACACAUCUUCCUACAAGCAUCGAAACCAGUUUCGUAGGAAUCAAUACCACCAUGGUUCUCCAAAUAUGGAUAUUGAUCGUACAUUGCACCUUGAUACUUUACGCCCUAUUUAUGGUCACACAUCGAACACUGAUGAUAAACCUUUUAAGGACCGCAAACAAAGAGAUGCUGGGCCCACUAGCAGCUAUCUUAAAAAAAACCCAACAUUUCCUAAUGGAAAUCAAUAUACGCAUGGUAAGGAGAAUCGACAUCUUCCAAUCCGAUAUUACAAUAAACGUAAGCACAAAAGAGACCGAAUUGAUGAUCGACUUAGCAAUGAUAAUUUGAAAACACACAAAAAAAACAUUGACCAGUACAAAGAGCACAGACAUAAACAUAAAAAAUACCACUCCAGAUCCAAUUAUAACAAAGACAACGAUAAAGAAGAAAAAAAGUCGUUCGAAAAUAUAUUCAAAAAGGACAAAAAUACGGAUUCUUACAAAGAAAAUCGACAUAAACAUAAAAAACCGUAUAAAUAUGGCAAAAGGCACCAUAAGGUUACCAAAAACACUUUGAUAAAUAAGAUCGACCAUCAAUCUAAAUCUGAUAAACAAACUCAAAUAAAGUUGAAGAAACAAAAGAAACAACCAGAUGAUGAAAGGCCUAUUAAAAACAAGCAAAACAUGACAAAUGUGGUAAUAACAGAAGGAAACAAACAGCUUAAAAUUGAAGAGCAAAUACGUAAACUUAGAAAAGAAGACCAAAGAAAACAGGAACAUUUACUUAGAGAAAAAGAACGUAGAUUUGAAGAAUAUAGACGUAAACGUAAAGAGGUAAAAAUUAAACAACAUAAACGUAUAGUGGAACUAAAUCUAAAAUUUAAAAAACAACAAAGUGAAUGUGAUAAAAAAAGAAGACGGACAUAUUGUCAAUCUCAAAGCUCAAAUAGUCGGUCGAGAAAAAAAUGCCUUCGUCGUUUUCGCAGUGAGUUUCAAGAAUGUAGUAAAAAAUUAAAAAAGUUGAGAAAAAAAGAACUUAGUAAGGAAAACACUAACAGUGCUUUGCAAUACCUUGAACGUAAACAUAAAAAGGAAGAGGAAAAGGAAGAAAGUACACGUAAACGUAGAGUGGAAGAAAGUACACGCAAACUUGAAGAGAAAAUACGUAAACUUAGAGAGGACGCACGUAGACAACAAGAACAUCAACUUAGAGAGAAAGAACGUAAACGUAAACAUAAACUUGAAGAGGAAGCACGUAAACGUAAACUUGAAGAGGAAGAACGUAAACGUAAACUUGAGGCAAAACGUAAAAUUGCUGAGGAAGAACGUAAACGUAAACUUGAGGCAAAACGUAAAAUUGCAGAGGAAGAACGUAGACUAAAGGAACAUAAAAUUAGAGAGGAAGAACGUAAACGUGAACUUGAGGCAAAACGUAAAAUUGCAGAGGAAGAACGUAGACUACAGGAACAUAAAAUUAGAGAGGAAGAACGUAAACGUAAAAUUAGAGAGGAACUACUUAAACGUAAACUUAAGGAGGAAGCACGUAAACGUGAAAUUGAAGAGGAAAAACGUAAACUAAGAGAGAAAGAACGUAGACGACAGGAAAACAAACUGAAAGAGGAAGAACGUAAACGCAAACUUAGAGAGGAAGAACGUAAACGUAAACUUGAGGAGGAAGAACGUAAACGUAAACUUGAGGAGGAAGAACGUAAACGUAAACUUCAGGAGGAAGCACGUAAACGUAAAAUUGAAGAGGAAAAACGUAAACUAAGAGACGAAGAACGUAAACGACAGGAAAACAAACUAAAAGAGGAAGAACGUAAACGCAAACUUAGAGAGGAAGAACGUAAACGUAAACUUGAGGAGGAAGAACGUAAACGUAAACUUCAGGAGGAAGCACGUAAACGUAAAAUUGAAGAGGAAAAACGUAAACUAAGAAAGGAAGAACGUAGACGACAGGAAAACAAACUAAAAGAGGAAGAACGUAGACGAAAGGAAAACAAACUAAAAGAGGAAGAACGUAAACGUAAACUUAUAAAGGAAGAACGUAAACGUAAACUUGAAGAGGAAGAACGUAAACGUAAACUUCAGGAGAAUGCACGUAAACGUAAACUUGAUGAGGAAAAACGUAAACUAAGAGAGGAAGAACGUAAGCGUAAAAUUAGAGAGGAAAAACUUAAACAACAUAAAUUUGAAGAGGAAAAACGUAAACGUAAACUUAAAGAGAAAGAACGUAGACAACAAGAACCUGUUCCAAGCAUAACUGUUCAGACAAGAACAACGACCGAACCCACAACAACACCAAGUAUAACGAUAAGACAGCGAACCACAAAUACGAGUCAACCAACCACAACGACAAGCCAACCAACCACAACAGCCAACUUGACAAAGGACACACUGAAUGAAGAUCUUAAAAAAGAACUCAUCAAAGAAACGAAAGCGCUAAUUUGCAAGACUAAACCAAAAUGGCGUUAUUCCAGUACUGGAAUUCCACCUAGCGAUGUGUUCACGGCUACAGGAGAUUCGAGUCAGGCUUGGCGAGCAAAUGGUGGUCUUACAGUGGAACCAUACCAUUUCCAUACUAACACCAGGAACAAACACAAACAGACGAUAAAAAAACUAUUUUUCCAAGUUUCAUUUCCAGAUCUAACUGAAGUGUUCGGGUUGAGGAUUGUAGGAAGUAGCCUACCACAUAACUGGGGAUGCAUAACAAGAUUUGCCCUGCUCUACAAAAUGGCUCAUCAGAUGGAAUGGGUCUUCUACCGAGAUAACUUUGGGGCAGCAAGGGUGUUUGAUAUGGGCCAGCAAUCGAGGAAUUCAUGUUCAAAACCGAUGACAUUUCGCCUACCUGUACCCCUAAGAACAACCGACAUUCGUAUCUAUCCAGAUCAAUGGUCAGGCGAACCACUUCUCCACGUCAACUUUUUAUCUUGUAGUUUAGAAGGACAAACUUGCGUAGAACCACUACUAACAGGCGGAGGUAAGCUACAGCGCCUACAAUUCGACAAUAUGGAUGCACAACUCGUAGAUAAAAACAGCAUGUUCUAUAUUACCAUCAAAUUCAAGAAACACGCCAUAUCUAGAAUAAAAGCUGUGCAGUUUUCUCAGGGACCACAUGAUAACGGUAUUACAAAGUUUGUCUUGCAGUAUCUUGGCAAUUCCGAAAAAUGGAAUUCUGUCAGUGACAAAGAUGGUGAAAUUAUGAUGUUUUCAACAGAUACCAUAGUGAAGAAGAGCUACCCAACAACAGUUUUCUUCAGCAAGCCCGUAAUAGCUAAAUCAAUGAGGAUAUACCCCGAGACAUGGCAAGGAUUAAGUCCCAUGAUCAAAAUAGAAUUUCUAGGUUGUACACUCAAACAUUAAAAGUUAGUAGGAAUUUUUUGUGUUACAUUUCUUUAUUUAAAACACUCUUAUAGCGAAAUAGUGAAGACAAAAUGAAUGCGAUAAGAACAGAAACUAUCAAAGUUA